AGCGGUAUGGAUGCCCUCUCUCCAGAGAACACAUACACCGUGUCCAGACCCAUCUACUCCAACCCCAUGUUUGAGGAGGACAACGAGAGGCAUGCUCGGGAGGAGAGGACCCUGAGGGAGAGAUUCAGCCGCUCCUGUGGCUGCUCAGGUAGGCAGGCCCUGAAGGUGGUGAAAGGUGUCUUUCCUGUCAUUGACUGGCUCUCCAGAUAUCCAAUCAGAGAGUGGCUUCCCAGUGAUGUCAUCUCUGGUGUUAGCACUGGUCUGGUGUGCAGCUUACAAGGCCUGGCCUAUGCCCUGCUUGUGUCUGUGGCUCCAGUCUAUGGACUCUACUCCGCCUUCUUCCCCAUCCUCACCUACUUCCUGCUGGGCACCUCCAGACACAUCUCUGUGGGUCCCUUCCCUGUCACCUGUCUAAUGGUGGGCUCCAUCGUGUUGACCCUCGCCCCCGAUGAUCACUUCCUGCUUCCUGUGAAUGGCACUGGUGUGAAUGGAACAGGGGCUGAUGGGAUUGUGGUGGAUGUGGAGGCCAUGGAGGCCCAGAGGAUCAUGGUGGCGUCCUCCAUGACUGUGCUGGUCGGGCUGUUCCAGGUGGUUAUGGGGCUGCUCCAGGUGGGCUUCCUGGUCCGUUACCUGUCAGACCCCCUGGUGGGCGGCUUCACCACUGCCGCUGCCUUCCACGUCCUCAUCUCUCAGCUGAAGAUUGUCCUCUCCGUCCCCACUAACAACCACAAUGGCUGCUUCUCCAUCCUCUACACGCUCAUCGACGUGUUUACCAACAUCAGACAGACCAACAUGGCUGACCUGGUCUCUGGGCUGCUCACCAUUGUCAUUGUCAUGGCUGUAAAAGAGGUCAACACCAAAUUCCGGCACCAGAUUCCCGUCCCCAUCCCCAUCGAAGUGAUUGUGACCGUGGUUGCCACUGGGAUCUCCUACGCCACGGAGCUGGAGUCGCACUACGGCGCCAGCAUUGUGCACAGCAUCCCCAGGGGGUUUGCUCCAGCUCAGCCUCCAAACACAGAGCUGCUGUGGAACAUUCUGGGCUCCAGUUUCUCUACAGCAGUAGUGAGCUAUGCAGUGGCUGUCUCUGUGGCCAAGGUCUAUGCUGCAAAACACGACUACACCAUCGACGGCAAUCAGGAGCUGAUAGCGUUUGGGUUCAGUAAUGUGUUCUGUGGCUGCUUCUCCGGCUUUGUGGCAAGCACUGCACUGUCCCGCACCGCUGUACAGGAGAGCACCGGAGGCAAGAGUCAGGUGGCUGGUAUAAUCUCAGCUGUGAUGGUAAUGAUUGUGAUCCUGGCUCUGGGGCACCUCUUGGAACCUCUGCAGAAGUCAGUUCUGGCAGCCAUUGUCAUCGCCAACCUGAAGGGAAUGUUCAUGCAGGUGACAGAAGUGCCCACACUGUGGAGACAGAACAGAGCAGAUUGUUUCAUCUGGCUGGCGACCUGCCUGGCUUCUGUGGUGUUGGGACUGGACGUGGGACUGCUGGCUGGCCUGGUGUUUGAGAUGGGAACUGUGGUGGUCAGGACACAGUUUCCUGCAUGCUCUACACUUGGAAACAUACCCGGCACAAACAUAUACAGGAACAUGAAAGACUACAAGAAUAUUGCAGAAGUUCCCGGAAUUAAGAUUUUUAAGUGCAACGCUCCCAUCUACUUUGCCAACAUUGACUACUUCAAAGAGCGAUUGAGAGCCACGGUGGGGUUUGACUCUGUCAGAGUGUUCAAGAAGAGGAAUAAGGCCCUCAAGAAGAUUCACAAACUCAUAAAGAAAGGGAAACUGAGGGCAACAGAGACAGGGGAGGUGGUAUCCGAGGUCUCCCUGGGUGUCGACAACAAGGGCUUCGAGAGCGAGCGGGAGUCCGGGCAGGUGGAGGAUGGGGAUUGGCCUGUGCCAGAGGUGGAGGUCCGUGUGGAUUGGGCCUUGGAGCUGCCAGUCAGAGUGUCGGUACCUAAGGUCCAGAUCCACAGCCUGGUUCUGGACUUCUCAGCCGUGUCCUUCCUAGACGUGGUGGCCGUCAAGUCCCUCAGGCUGGUCAUUAAAGAGUUCCUACGCAUCGGAGUCAAUGUCUACAUCGCAGGCUGUGACGAUGAAAUCGUACAGAAAAUGGAAGCCUUGGCCUUCUUCGACGAGGAGGUUACACGAGAUCUCCUCUUUCUCUCUGUCCACGACGCCAUCCUCUUCAUCAAACUGGAGACAGCCAAUGGGAGCAUGCAGGAUGCCAUGGUUGAGGGGCUUUCUCUAAUGCAGGAUUGCAAGGAGCCACCGCCUUUCACUGAGGAAGAGGACCUGAUUGAGACCUACGACAACCAGCAUAGAGCAAUCCAUGGACUCUCCAACUAACACAGAGACGCAGAAGAGCUGACCAUGUAUCUGUGUUCUCUGUGAACAGAGGAUCAACCAGUAUACAUUACUUUCCAUAAGGGACCACGGUCAAAUCAGGGGACACUGACGAUGGAUUUCCCCCAGACUACAGCUCUAACUCAGGGGAGGGUACACUUAGCCAACUGAGUGUAACUUUGGACUUUGGAGUGGACUAAGAGGGUGAUUUGAAGCAGCCGAUCAUUGAUAUCUCUCUUUAACAACCAUAAUGUAUCUUAAUUAUAUCAAUUAAUAAUAAACUAAUUUAGAUGUAUUUAUUUAUAUUAUUCUAAACUCUCUGCUAUGUCAAGGCCCUUCUCCUUUACAAGUGUACUAAUAUCAAUAGGGAUGAACUACAACAGGAGUUAGGCAUGUCCUUUUCCUUGUGCGCAAUUAGACAACAGGACCAUUGUUUGUGUUUGUGUCGAGGGCUUUCAGAAGAACAAAUGCAUAAAUACAAAAGUCCUGCUCAUCCGUGCAGCCGCAGUUGAUCUGUGUUAUAAACACUCAGUUUCCUCCCUCCCGAGAUGAGCACUCCCAUGGGGUGGAAGGGACAUCGGAGGACCUCAGCUGAACCUGGAGGAGGGAAGCAGAGACACUUCUGUUUUAUUUGUGACCUACUUAGUUAAAUGGAGUCCAGAAACAAGAGUGGUACUACAUCCCAGAUCCCUUCACAGACUUCUUCUCCUCGACCCAUCCACUGCACAGGAAGUGAUGUCAUACAGGAAGAUUUGAAGUGUGUUUAAACAAAGAUUGUCCAUUUAUUGACAAGAUAUUAGAGUGACUGCUCUACCAAUGGAAAUACAUGUCCUCAAAGACGGAAGGCAGGCGGAAGGCGGCGAGAUCAGGUGAGAUUCUAGCCAAUGAGAGAGCAGAUACGCGUGUGAACAACAGGCCAUAGAGAUAGAUAGAGGACUCAUCUUUGUAUCUGUGCCAUUAUAGCGUCUGUACCAGCAUUGGCAGCGCCAUUGAAGCUAUCUCAAUUUUAAAGUAGUCAGUGUUUUUCUUUUUCAUUAGCUGAUUUCUCCCGACUCAUUGCCUGAGGACUCAAACUGAAUUAUUCUGCUGCUCUAUCAUUCGCUACAUACUUCAGUCUGAGACUGCCAUCAUUGAAGUCGUUUGUGGUGAUGUCAAAAUGUGGGGUGUUGUACAAAACAAAGUCAUCCGCGAUUGGAUCAUCUCUAACCAAGCGUAGUAUCAAAGCCAAUGACAAAUUUUCAAACGCCGCUUUAUCCUCGUGUGUUCUGGCUCUGGGCCAACCCAUCGGUUUCUGGGACCAAUCAGAUGGUCUAGAACGGAUUUCCAUUCUAGAAAUCGUCGGGGAGUUACUUAGAUCCAGACUCAUUGCAGAGAAGGAACUAACAUCUGUGGGCAUGGAGUAAGCGUUUUGCUGGAGCAAGGAGUUUGGGUAGCCAGGCAACCCAACUCAUAGGAAUCCCCACCCAGUUGAUUAUUUUUAAAUGGUGA